GGAGUGACGUUUUGGAUGUAAACAAACAGAGUCAGCGCGGCCAUUACACUUGAGGAGAGUUCGACACAGAGUUGACCGUUGGUCCUGAACCGAGGGGAAACAGCAGAGUCUGGGCUAACUGUGAGUUUAAAACACGGUAUUUCACCUCCUCCGGUCAGUCUGAGGGGUUUUAAUGUUUCAGUGUCUGUUUCUGAGGCCGCGUCAGUCUGCGGUUACCGAGGGUUCAGGGUGAACUGACGGUGGAGUCAGCGGCCAUCACAGCGAGGGGGAGAGAGAGGGGAGAGAGAGGGGGGGAGAGAGGUGGGAGAGAGGGAGAGAGAGGGGGGGAGAGGGAGAGAGAGAGAGAGCUGAAAGUUAAAGGUGUUCUCUUCUCUGUCCUCCUCCGCAGGUCUGAUCCAGUCCGGGGAACAGGAGAACCAUGAAAGACCCGCGUCUAAACAACAUCAACUCCAACAUGGAGACCAUCAGCAACGAGGUCAUCCUCAGCAACCAGUUCAUCUCCGAGGAGGACCCCUUCGCCGAGUACCUGUGGAUGGAGAACGAGGAGGAGUUCAACAGACAGGUGAGGGUCCACAGACAGGUGAGGGUCCACAACACAGACAGAAACGAGGUCAGGACAUGAACGUGGGAGAAGUGAGUGAGAGAUAAAACAAUAAAAGGUGAAAGAAGAAAAGAGAAGAAGAAUAACAAAAGAGAAAAAGACGGUGAAGCUGAAAUAAGAGAAAAGAGAUUAAAGACAUGACAACCGUCUGAAUCUGGAUCAGUCUGUGUCUUCACAGUAGGGGAGACUGGGGAACGUCGAGGCUCAUCUUACCCCAGUCUCCCCUACUUUAGAAACAGCAGGAUCUGUUUAUUUUCACUCCCUUUGUUUACAUGUAAAAAAUCCCCUGACUGACUCACGACAGGAGGCGUAAACAGGUGUUAUCAUUGAAAAAGAAACAUGGUUUGAUCAUUUCAGUCCGUCUAACACCGGUUCUCUUUACAGGUCAGGUUUCCCAGAAUCAAUAAUCAAACAUAUUCAGGUCUGUCUGCCUUCCACUGAUACUCAAUAUCGAUAAAUAUUGAUCCAUUCGGUGUUUCAGGAUUUAGGAUUUAUUUGAUUUAAAACAGAGACAGUAUAUUAAUGAACAUAAACAUGUAAAUAAGAAGAUUAUAGACGAAGGCUGAUUUCCAUCUUGAGUCUCUUUGGCAGGUCGACGUCGUCAACAGAGAUAAGAAAAUCAAGAAAACAACAAAAAGUAGUCGGGGAGGAGGAACUACGGGGAGAGAGAACAUGUCCCUGAAAACACAGAAGGACAGAAAAUAAGAAAGAAAAGGAAACGAUGAGAAGUACAGAGGAGCGAGAAACAUCGUGAUAACUGACAGAGUUAGUCGAUAAAGGGCUGAUUAAGAGUUUAGGUUGUGGUGACAGAGUUGUUGUUCUAACAGAUUUAAGAUGUUCGGUAAAGGAGGUCAGAGUCCGGAGUUCACCUGCUGUGUUUGGUAGUGUAUUCCAGGUGUUUUAAUAUUGUCCUGGAUCUUGAAAACGAGGUGUUGAAGGUUAAUUCAGGGUCACAUUUUCACUGAUUCAGGCAAAAAGAAAAGUUCGACUGGUGUUAAAGUAAACUGCUCCAUCUCCUCCAGUUAAAGCUUCAGUUUUUAUUCUGGGACGUUUCCCCAAAGUUCGGGUUGAAAAAUGUUUCUGAUUUGUCCUCGCUGCCGUGUCAGAGUUUGUCAGACGAACCUGUCUGAAGUGAACCCGUCUGAAUAUUUUUACUCACGGACUCUGAUCAGAACCAAUCAGGAAACGAUUUCAUGUAGACUCGCAGUGCGGAUCAUCUGACCUGUUGGACAGAGGGCGGUUGUUUUGGCCGUGAUCUCGCCUCAGAUGAAGCUCGAACCAGCUGACAGAUGACCUCAGAUUAAAGAUAAUUCAGGGAUUAAAAAAAGAGAUAUCAUGAGAUAUUCAGGAGAACGAAACUGCAAUCAGACACACGCAAAACAUUAAGACAUGAAUCUGAUUAAAGUAUAUUGAUUAAAAAUAUGUAUUAGACUGUCAUCCUCUUUAAAUAAAACAAAUAUAGUAUUACUCUUCUACCUUUUGAAUACAGAGAUUAAAAUUAGUGACAGAUGCUGCUUCACUGACUCUUCAUGACGCUUUAAUUUUUCUCUGUAAAAAAAUACGACACCAAAUAAACACGGACAGAAGAUUUUAAAGAGACCGACAGAAAUGAAAACUAUGAAAAGGUAAAAAAACAGGAAUAAAGAGGUUGAAAAGAGAGUGAUGGUGAAGAUGAAAACUCUCAAUGAUCUCGUGUUUCAUGAAAGAUUAAAACCUAAAAGUCUGAGAGAGAGCCUGAAGGACGAGCUCUGCAAGUCUGUUUAAAACAAUCACGCCAAUCAGUCUUAGCCCCGCCCACCAGAGAUGUGAGGAAUGAAGAGGCGGGGCUUCUACGCACAUGCGUCACCCUCCAGUGACUUUAUGACGUCUGAAUUAACAUCAAAAUGUCUUCAGUCCUGAUCCUCCAGAGACCGGACUUCCUCUCAGCCUCCUUUGAUGUGUGUGUGUGUGUGUGUGUGUGUGUGUGUGUGUGUGUGUGUGUGUGUGUGUUGCAGGUGGAGGAGGAGCUGUGGGAGGAGGAGUUUAUUGAGCGUUGCGUUCAGGAGCUGCUGGAGGAGGAGGAGCAGUGGGAGUGGUUCAUCCCGUCCAGAGACCUCCCCGCUCAGACCGUCAGUCAGCUGCAGGACCAGAUCAGCCUGCUGGUCCUGGACGCAGACGUGCACGCAGACGCAGACUUUGACAUCGUGGUGAGUUCACUGUCUGCGUUGGCCAAUCAGAAACUGAGAACAGUUCUGUAGCUCACCGAGGUUCGACCCUGUCCUCGUUCAGAUUCUGACGUCCUGAAAGACUAACAGUAGAGCUCCUCACUCCAGUCUGGAUCUGCUGGUCCUGUUUUCACAUGAAGGACUCUGAGACAGUCUGAGAACUGGGGCCUCACAUCUGGGCUUACAGCUCCACCUGCUGUUUGGGGUCCAAAUUACGAUCUCUAACAGAAAUGCGUCUCACUCAGGGACCGAAUAACAACGUCUUCUUACAGAAGAGCGGCGACUGCUCAGAGGUUGUUUUCUGGUUCAGGUCUCGGGGUCUGAACAUGAUCAGGACUUUAGACUCAAAGGAGGACCCCCAGACAGAACCGCCCUGGUUCUAACACUGAUGUGAUUCAUAACUGUGGUCCAAACCAUCCUGGGGGUCAUGUUGAUGAUAUGACGUGAUAAACAGUCAAGUGGUGUACCACAGGGACUGGUACCAGGACACCAACAGGAUUUGACCUCACAGUGACCUUCACGCCCUCAUAAACACCAACAAACAGGACAGGAGGGGUUCACCCUUCGACCUCUCAGCUGUAUUUUCUGUUUUUGGUCCGCCUGUUUCUGUAUCACCUCGAUCGUUUCAAUCACAGUAAAUAUAUAAUUAAGGCUGCACGAUAUUGGAAAAAAAUAAUAUUGCGAUUUUUUUCAACCCUGCGAUAUAUAUUGCGAUAUUAAAAAUACAGUAUUUUCACCAGAUGACCUGAAUAUCAUUUAAUGUUAUGCUGCACUGCUGAAAUCUUGAGGACAGUUAAUCUGCUCUGAUCUUACCUCUUUUUGUGAAUGUUAGUAGAACGGCUUCUGUCUGUCUCAGAGAUAUUUUUAGUUUUUAUUGUGCUGGGACGUUAUUGUGGAAACAGAUGAACACAGAAGACGUGUUUUGGUCGACAUCAUCCUUCUUUAAACCGAAAUAAUUCCAGAUAACUGACUUUCCUUUUCUUUUUGGCAACAAAUCUUCAUUUUCGGUGGUUUUCGCUUGUUCGUUGUUCAUUUUGCGAUCGUUGUUGUUGUUGUUAGCGGUGUUGUGCCGAGAAACGCAUGUCCUCCGAGAAUUGCAUGCACCUCGCAAAACACGCACCGCUUAUAGUAGAGUGGUCCACGGAAAUGUACAAUUUAAAACCCAUACAGUUCUUAUUUGUUGGGCUUAACAGUCAGUAAAGUUCCGAAAGUAAUUCUCAGCGGACACACGUCUCCCUCCAUGUGCAGAACAUGUGCAGGGGUGGGUUUUCUCCUCCCUGAUUUUGAUUGACAGCUGGCAGGGUAGUCUGAUUGGCAACUGAGUAAAGAACGAAGGUGAUUGGUGGAUCGCUGCACAGCACAUGCAGAGUCACAUGGAGUGUAUCUCAGUCAGUUACCCUUGAAAUUAACUGAGUUCAUUCACCUCCAAUAUCGCAGGUUCUGCGAUGUGACUAUCGCACACACGUACAUCGCGAUGACGAUGUUCAAACGAUAUAUCGUGCAGGCCUAUAUAUAAUCAUGUCUUUAUUUUCAGGACGACCUCAGCUGUCAGUCUGUGGAGCAAAAAUGAUUCAGAAUCAUCAAAGUCAACCAGAAAUCAAUCAAGGAGAUUGAUCCUAACAGGACUCUGCUCAAAAAACACAUGAAUCAAUCUGAUCAAUAAUCCUGUUUUCACCGUAUAUCACUGCGGAUUCACCAUCAAACGUCUCUGAUCAAACUCCUGUUUCUGUGGCUGGACUGUAAAUCUUGUGGCAGGUGUAGAAACGUCUGGAAACUCUCGAUAGAUCGACUAAAGAGUAAACUGUUGAAGACUUUUGAUCCCGUAGAGACACACGGUGUAGAUCCUGAGAAACUGAAAACUAUAGUCAUGUUGUCCUGUGGGAUCGAUCCAGCGGACUUCUAAGAGUUAAACUUCACAAAUAUUAAAGGAGAAUCAAAUGUUAGAUUUGUGAAGGAGGCGGGGCCAAUCGGAGGGUUUAAAGGGUCAAAUGAGAUGUGUUCGGUCUUCACCGUGGUUCACGUGUUUUUGCUGUUUUGGGAAAGGUGGUGCUCUGGGAGUACGGGGUGGAGGGUUCCUUAUUAAGGUUCCUUUGGUCCGUGUAGACGGCUGUAAGAGUUGGACUCUCCUCCAGGGCUGCCCUUUGUCACCGGUUCUGUUCAGAACUUUAGGGGUGGAGGGUGUCCAGUUCUGCAGGUAGAGGAUCGCGUCGCUGCUUUUUGCAGAUGAUGUGGUUCUUCUAGCUUCGUAGAGCAGUGACCUUCAGCUCUUGCUGGGGCAGUUCGCAGUCGAGUCUGAAGCGGCUGGGAUGAGAAUCAGAACCUCCAAGUCCGAGGUCAUGGUCCUCAGUCAGUAAAAGGUAGAUCACCUUCUCCAGGUUGGAGGGGCGGUCCUGCCUCAGGUGGAGGAGUUCAAGGAUCUCAGGAUCUUGUUCAAGAGUGAGGGUAGGAUGGAGCGGGAGAUCGACAGGCGGAUCGUAGCGGCGUCAGCAGUGAUGCGGACGUUUAACCGAUCAGUGGUGGUGAAGAAAGAGCUGAGCCGUAAGGAGAGACUCUGGAUUUACCGGUCGAUCUACGUGCCGAUCCUCACCUAUGGUCAUGAACUUUGGGUAAUGACCGAAAGAACAAGAUCGCAGAUACAAGCGGCUGAAAUGGGUUUCCUCCUCAGGGUGUCCGGGCUCAGCCUUAGAGAUAGGGGAAGGAGCUCAGAGGAGAACCGCUGCUCCUCCAUGUCCAGAGGAGUCAGCUGAGGUGGCGCGGACUUCUGGACGCCUCCCGUUAGAGGUGUUCCAGACAUGUCCCACCGGGAGGAGACCUCGUGGCCGGCCCAGGACCAGGUGGAGGGACUAGAUCUCUCUCCUUUAUAUGAUCAGAUUUCAGUCGAGCAGAUUAACUGAAAAUGUCCGAAUGAAUCUGAAUCCUGAGAUUUACCUGCACAGGUGUCUGAACAGACUCAGACAGUCUGGGUCAGGGUUUGAUCCACAUCAGUCCAGAGACGGUCUGGACUCUCGCAGACUUCUCGGUCCCUCCUGCAGAGAAAAAUCGGAGUUUGACGAAGUUGAAGUCAAGUUUUCAGAGAUCUUCACAGAGAUGUUCUACGCACACACACCUGAGGAUGUCUCACUCUGUCUCUCUUCUCUCCGUCAGGUCAACAGCAGUCUCAACCCAAACGCCAAGGAGUUCAUCCCGGGGAUCAAGAAACACAUCAUGUGACCCCGUCUGGCUCCGCCCCCCACCCUGCCUCACUCCGCACUGUGACAUCAUCAACAAGAUGUCUGCCGUAUUUUUCAGCCGCCACUCGACCUUCAGCCUGACGUGUUGCCAAAGUUCUGCGCUCGCCUCGCAUGUGUUCAACUAAAGUCCCGUUACCAUAGUUACUGAAGCUUUCACCUGUCCGUGUUUACCUGUGUGUGUGUGUGUGUGUGUGUGUGUGUGUGCAGCUCUCUGAAUGUAAAUCAGCUGAGAGUGUUGGUGUGUGUGUGUGUGUGUGUGUGUCUCAGAACAAACUGGUGUGUGUUCCGAACAGCUCUGAUGUCUCACUCUGACACUUUUUAUUUGCACUUUUAGAAAAAAGCCGAAAAACAAACUUUGUGUUCACUUUUAAUUCAGAGUUUAGAUCCGGUCUGAUCCGGUCUGAUCCGGUUCAAAUCCAGUCAUUCAUUCUGGUGUUUGAUACCUGCACUUCUCCAUGUUUUCCCAGCAUCCUUUGUGGUUGAGAGCGUGCUGCCUGUCAGAGCUCCGGCUCUCUGCUGCCUCGUUAACUGCUGUUUGUUCGUUUGUUAGUCAGUUUUUCUAAAUGCACAUAAAGUACUGUAUAAAAAGUCAUAUAAAGAAAAACGUUGUAAAAAAAUCUAUUUUUUCUUAAUCUAUUUGAAAAUAAAUGUUUAUGGAGAAAACCUCCGUCAGUGUUUGUCUGUUUUUAUCCUUUCAGUCAUAAAAAAAACCUCAAACAUAAAAAAAAAAAAUAAAA